CUACUUGUUCAACGAAUUCAGCCUCCUACACUGCGGCAUGGGAAAGUUAUUAGCCAACUCCAUCUUGUCCUUGUUGUAAGAAAACCACCCCGUCGCCUGGUCCUUCAGCUCCUGCUUCCUCUGCAUCUCCUUCUCACACUCGAUCCUCAGCUGCUGCACAAACACCACCUCGGCCUGCCUAUCCAACCAAUUGAACUUGGCCGGGGUGUAAGACUUGAUGUCGGCCUUGUUGAGGUAGUACUUUGUCUUGUAGUUUGGCAUCAUCCUCUCGACAGUAUACGACGCAUACGGAUGGUCAAACACCAUGCUCGGCGUCGCCGGCGUCGUGAUGGUCGUCAACCCGGAGAAAAUAGACGAAAUGAUCGGAAAGAUGAAUAAGAUGAUGAUGGGUAAAAGUCCCAGUAUCGUCCCGAGCAUGCUGGCCGGUGGUUCCUCCUGCCCGGGGUUUCUAGGCCUUGCUCUUGGUCUGCCGCCGCCGAAUUGGUGGACUCUUAUCCCUGGCCCGCCCAUGCCGCCGAGGUUGAAGAAGAAUUGUCCGCCGUCCAUACCUGUUCACUUGUCAGCAUCCAUUUCUUUUCAUCUCCCUCCCAGAAGUACUCACCCCCAAAAGGCCCCCCAAACCCACCACCCAUCCCCCCGCCACCACCCCCAAAAAACCUAGCAAACAUUUCUUCAGGACUAAUUUCCUCCUCCCAACCCCCGAAACCUCCCCCCCUUGGCCGCCCCCCAAACCCACCCAUCCCUCCUCCCUCCCUCGCCGCUGCCCUGGCCGACUCGAAUCUACUAUCGGGAUCAGUCCCAAACCGAUCAAAUUUAUCCCUCUUUUCCUUAUCCCCCAAGACACUGAACGCUCUUGCGACCAUCUUGAACGCCUCGUCCGCGUGCUCGUGCCCGUUUUUGUCGGGGUGUGUCAGGAGGGAGAGCUUGCGGUAUGCCUUUUUCACCUCGGAGUCGGUGCAUGUUUUUUGGAUGUCGAGGAUCUCGUAGAAGGCGGUGGGGGAGCAGCGGCGGAUGCGGAGGACGGCAGCUUUUUGGUCGGGGGUGUAGGUGCGCGAUUGGGAGCCUUGGUUGUGGCCGUUGUGGGUGGAGGAGGUGCCGGCUGCUGUGCGGGAGCGGGCGGUGGCGUCGCUGGCGGAAGCGCCGGAGGUUUUGGCUUCGGGCAUGGUUGCCCUUGGGACUGCGGUGGUGUUGAAGUGGUGGUGGCGGUGGUGGUGUAGUAAAGGGGGUGAUGUUGGAGUUAGAUAUCUAUCGGUUGUCGGAGACGGGGGGAGUCGCAAGACCAGUUGGUGGAAUCAGGUUUAUCUGUCGCAGCAAGAAUUCUCUCUUCUGAGAUUGGGACAGCGAUGAUAAAAAGCAACAAGAACUGCCUUUGCGAAAAGAGAGGUCGUAAAAAAGUUGGAUUGCGGUUGGAUCUUGCAGAGUCGAACGCAAGCGAAACACCACUGGUGACAAGACAACGACAGGAGGACACACUGAAAAGCGUGGCUUUUUUGGAGACCGCCGCACACUGACUGUAGCGCCCCCACACUCGCUUUUCUAUAUCACCCCCACGAACAACGUCCUUCCAGAAGUUGAAAUGAAACGCGGAAGCCAGAAAAAAUAAGACGAUAGAUUUGUUGAAUAUAGUUCAAUUCAGACAUCUAUUUUCCAUUGUGAAUCCAGCACACACCUGUGACACUGGUGAGUGAACUCUUCCUCCUGCUGCUGUUCCAGAACCAUCUGAUUCUCCAGGUGCCAGGGACAACAACCCGUUGGCCCGUGCGUGACGUUUUUUUCCCGGCAGGGGGCGCUGUAUCGGUUGCUUAGUCAUCUCACUUGCCCUGUCGCAGCGGCAGAACCAACCAAACGACGUCACUGGUUUGUGGGGGAAAAGUUCAUUAUGGAUUUGUAUGAGUGAGUGAGUGAACAGUGAAGCGAGUGAAGUGAGCGACAACAUGUGGAGAUGAGACGACGAGAUAUUGGAGACUUACGACCGCACUGAAGCUCUCUAUUCAAUCGAAUACUCAGAUACCCGUCUUGAAACCGUCGACCAAAUACCAGUGCUCAGAAUGGCUUCAACAAACCAAGACAAAGUCACCUUCCGUGACACCAUCCGCGCCUGGGGCACAUCCUCCAUCCCCCCAAUGACCCUCUCCUCCCUAGCCCUAGCCCUCCACCUCCGCCCUUUUCAACCCCUCCCCUUCCUCUUCUCCCCCCUCCUCGCCUUCUCCUCCUACCUCACCCUCGCCGGCUUCAAAGUCGACGGCGCCGGCACAAACGCAGCCUGGUCAGGCAUCUACGUCCUCCUCGCCUCCCGCCGCUCACCCCCGGGCGGCGUCCGCCAAAAGUUCAUGUCCCUCCGCGGCGGCGUCCGCGGACUCGCAAUGGGAAUCGGCGCCAUCAACACCGUCUGCGGAGCCUACGUCUACGCUACCGGCGACCGCAAGGCAGAAGAAGAAGAGAGGAGGGAAGUAAACAGGUGGGGGGUGUAUGAUGAUUAAAACUUGCUACUCAAAACUGGAGAUAAAAAGACUGAAAAAGGGGGGGAAUGGGAAUAGAAUUUCGACGAUAUGGCAUGCGAGUUCAAGGAUGGAAUGACACAAUGCUGGUUGUUUGUCUUCUCAAAAUUUGCAUAGUUUCUAUCGACGCUUCUCCCACCAGUUGCCCGGCAAAAGAAGCACGGCAGCCACACCUAGCCAAAAACCUCAGCAUGGACAUACCCGGGGGCGAGUAAUAUCACCCCCAUGUCUCUGUCUUGUACAUAUAAAAUAUACUAUACAACUAGUGUAGCAUAGUCCCCCUCAAUAAACGGGUUCUCACUCAAAAAAAGACCCAAAAAAUGUACCCAGAGAGACAAAAGAAAACA